AUGCAUCGUGCUUGGCUGCUCUCCAAAGCUAUGGCACCGCUGCUGCUGCGCGCUUGCCUCCUCUUCCAGCUGUCGUGGGCAAAGCAUGCACAGAUCGAACAGGUCUCCAUAGCUGCAUUUCGCCACGGCAAUGAGGCCGAGCGUGAAGCCCAGGUCGCCUCCCUGCGCCGGGCCUUUGCCCGCCAGGGCAUGGUGACCUUGGUGGACACUGGAGUGCCCGAGGGAAUCGUGGCGGAGGCCCUAGUCAAGAGCCGGCAGUUCUUCUCCCUGCCUCAAGAGACCAAGGCACAUUUUGCCGAGCCUUCCGGAUAUCCGCCCAGAUCCUACGGCUCCGUGACGACCCCGCGGGGAAAGUUCUACAAAGUCCAGCAGGAGGAUGGCCGAGGUGGCAUCCUCAAUGAGUGGCUCUUCGUGCGCAACACGACAGUCUUGAUGGAUGCCUCCGAUCCUUACUACAGUUCCGAUGAAGGACGUGAGUUCUACAGCGCAGAGACAAAGCAUCCCGAGCAGCAGCUGUGGCCAAAGGAGGUCCCUGGACUCCAAGCAGCCACCGCGGCUUUCUACCACGAGGUGGAGGCGCUGGCCAAGACGAUGUAUGAGCUCUUCGCAGUGGCUUUGGGCCUGGCGCCAGACUUCUUCCUGCAGCGCGCGCGGCGCGCGCCCAUCUGGCCAGUGACCAUUGCCCACUACCCGCCGCAAGAGACCAAGCCGGAAGCGGACCACGCCAGAAUUCAGCCGCAUUGG